UAUCGAAUUUGCAUAGAGGCGCCAAGCGGAUGAAUCAAAUAGACAUUAAGUUGAUAUUGCGAUUUUUGGGUGGAUUGUUAUUAAAUAGAGAAGGAAUCUGGAGCAUGGUUGGUGAUGGAGAUUCCACAAAAUAAUCUUACAGAGCAGUUGAAGAAAUUUGGGACUGUCUCAGCAACAUCCUUAAGUACAAAUACCAACAAGACGGUUCAUAAAAGCUCCAAGUUUAUUUUCAAGAAGAAGAAGCCGCCAGUACUGACAGACCUCAGUUCACAAAGUAAUGUGCCCCAGUUAAAUCCAGGGACCCUUGGCACUAACAAAAAUGUGCAUGGAAGUUUGUAUGACACUUCCUCUGACUAUGUUAAUGGUUCUAAUAGCUAUCAGUCAUUCCCUGUAAAACGCGACAUUCAAUCUGGAAACAAAGCAGGACACCAAGCAUGGACACAGGGUAAUAACACCUUUAAUGGUCCAGCAUCAUCCAAGUUGAGCAAUGCCACAGUAUCUAAUCCUUUCAGAACAGAUAAGCCUUUCAAAUUGGGAAAACAGAAUGCAUCAUCUGCCAAACAAGGACAGACUUCCAUUUUGCAGUUUGCAAAAUCAAAAAGUGAGAAUGAGCCGUCAGUUCCAGACGCAAUUAAGAGGCCAACCCAAAGUUCAGUUGGUCAAGAAAAAAUCAGACCAGUGGCUUCGGUGGUCCCAAUGCCAUUAAGUCCAGGACCUAUAUGCCUUGAUGAUGAGGACGAAGAUGCCUUUGAAGCCAGUCCAGGAUCUUGGAUAAGUCCUGAUGAAAGACCUAGUGUGUCUGUCCAUAAUACUGAAACAAUUACUACACAGAACAGUGAAAGAACAUCUGUAAAUGAGAUGCAUAAUGGAACAGAGUAUUUAAAUGACUAUGACCAAAUACCAGACCAGUAUUUUAGUGAUGAAUGUGAUAUUUUAUUUGAACCAGAUUUGCAGGAUUGGGAAGACGUAAAUCAAGGUAAACCAGAUGUGACAACGAGUACAGAAAACUUUGCAGCCAGAAUUGAAAAUCCAACUGGGUAUGUUUUAUGUUAA